UUAUUUGAUAAAAUGAUUAUUUACUGCGGCGAUUAAAAAUGGCCGCGCCCUUGAGAAGUUUUGUAAACAAUCGCUUAUUGGAAACAACGAAGAAAUUUAGUCUGUCCAUUGUGCCUGCACAGUACGUGCAUAGGGCUAGGAAAAUAAAGAACAAGCGCAAGCCUUUCUACCCGUAUAUGAGUGAAGAUGGUUUGUAUUCUACUGGAGAACAGCUGAGGGAUAGGUUUGUCAAUGUGCCUCAGAAGGUGAAGCCCCAUCCUGAGACGCCUCGUCCAGGCCAGUAUGAGUUGGACCCGCCCAAGGGCAAGAUAUACGACAAGAAGCCCUUCCCUAUCAACCUGGAGGCUGGCAAGAAGUACAAGUGGUGCAUUUGUGGGCAUAGUAAACAACAGCCAAUGUGUGAUGGUUCGCACAAGGAACUGUACACCUUUGAACUGCACAGUGGCUUUAAUGUUGAUAAAAUAGUGCUCCACAACCCUAUCACCUUCGAAGUGGAGAAAGACGGACAAUAUUGGCUGUGUAAUUGUAAACAAUCAAACAAUCGACCAUUCUGUGACGGGACCCACAGACAAGAACAUAUACAGUCGAAGAUCAAACACUGAUUAAAAUUUUGCUGAGUAGUUACCUAUAUGGUAAUAUUGUAUGAAUAAAAUUGCAUUAGAAGUUCUGGUUUUAUCUAAAAAAAAUAUGAAAACCUUGCAGUUAGCAAUUCCAUGUAGUAAUCAUUAUACGAUACAAAUGUACACCUAAAUUUGUUAUAUGCCUGUGGUCUAUAUACCCUGAAAACCAUGUAGUAUUUUAUUUAUAUCAACAACUUUGUUUCAUUUACCUGCAAUUAACGCAAAUAAAUAAAGGACCAAGAAAGUGUUGUCCCGACAAUAAACAUUGCCAAAAAAGGAGGGUACGUUGUCUAUAAACUUUGAUGUUCUUAACGUCUAUAAACUUGUGUGUUCUUAACGUC